CUACAAGCUUACAGUUAUCGUGUCUCGCGGCAAUUUCAUUGUAUUAUAGUUUAUAUCACUAUUCUUUUUAUAUCUUUUUUUCUACAAAAUUUAUAAUUACCUUUUAUUAAACGCCAUUCCUCACUCUCUCUCUCUCUCUCCCUCCUCUCUGUUUUCAGUUAGCUCUGCCCUUUGUAAGAACACCUUGUGCUUGAAGUGGCAGAAUUGUAAAAUGGAGAGAAAACAGGGGUUCUUUUCGGCGCUAAAAGAGGAGGUAGUGAGAGGUUUAUCGCCGGCAAGAACCAGAGCAAAAAGUCCGGCGAGGAGUGCGUCGCCAAUGUCAAGCUUAUUACGGAGGAGAAAGGGACAUGGACAUGGGCAUGCACACCACGUGGCGCAUCCAGAGCCGUUGAUUAUAGCGAGAUCGGGGAGUUUGAGGCCAGCUGAGGCUUUAUCGCCGUUAAAAGAAGGGCCAGAUCAGGACGACGGUGGAGAUUCUAGAAUCGAAGGGAGGUGGGGCCAGUGGAUGAAAGGACAGCUGUCAAGAACACCUUCUGUUGCAUCGUCAAAUGGUUGUAAGCGCUCCGAUCUGAGAUUGUUGUUGGGUGUACUCGGGGCGCCGCUUGCUCCGGUGCACGUCACCACUACUGAGCCGUUGCCUCACCUUAGUAUAAAGGAUACUCCAAUUGAAACUUCAUCUGCUCAGUACAUAUUGCAGCAGUUCACAGCAGCUUCAGGAGGGCAAAGGGUUCAAAAUUCAAUCCAUAAUGCUUAUGCCAUGGGGAAGGUGAGGAUGAUAGCUUCUGAGUUUGAAACAGCAAACAAGGUCACAAGGAAUCGGAAUUCGUCCAAAGCUGCAGAGUCUGGUGGCUUUGUUCUGUGGCAAAUGAAUCCAGACAUGUGGUACGUGGAGCUUGCACUUGGUGGCAGCAAGGUUCAUGCCGGCUGCAAUGGGAAACUCGUGUGGAGGCACACACCUUGGUUAGGUGCACAUGCUGCAAAAGGUCCUGUUAGACCACUGCGCCGUGCACUUCAGGGUCUUGACCCCAAAACAACUGCAAGCAUGUUUACCAAUGCAAGAUGCAUUGGGGAGAAGAAGAUUAAUGGUGAUGAUUGCUUUAUCCUCAAGAUAUGUGCAGAUCCUGGAACUCUGAAGGCCAGAAGUGAAGGACCAGCAGAAAUCAUAAGGCACGUUUUAUUUGGCUACUUUAGCCAGAAAACUGGCCUCCUUGUGCACAUAGAGGACUCUCAUUUGACUCGCAUUCAAAAUAACGGUGGUGAUGCUGUGUACUGGGAGACUACAAUCAAUUCAUUUCUUGAUGAUUAUAGGCCUGUGGACGGUGUCAUGAUAGCACAUUCUGGACGUUCUGUAGUAACCCUUUUCCGGUUUGGUGAUACAGCAAUGAGCCACACCAGGACUAGAAUGGAAGAAGCAUGGGCGAUUGAGGAAGUAGCAUUCAAUGUCCCAGGUCUGUCAAUGGAUUGUUUUAUUCCUCCUGCUGAAUUAAGAUUUGCUUCUAUCAGCGAAACCUGCGAGCUUCCUCAAGCUCAGAGGAUAAAACCUCCUGUGGCUGCCGCAACAUAUCGCACCAAAGUUGUGGCAUUGGAUAGGUCUCGUGACAAUACUGUUAGCAAUAACAUGUAGAAGAUAGAAAAUUUAGGAAGUGGACGGACUGAUGGCAUGUUAUUGCACAGCUAGCUUAGGGGUGUAGUUACCGGACCAGCCAAUUAGUAGGUGAAGGCUGUAGCAAAGUUUUGGCAUUGAAUCAAUGUCUCCUAUAAUUUGUAAAUAGAGCAGUAAGUCGCAUGUUUUCUCAGUUUUUGGUUGAAUAGUUUGUAUUCUCCAAGGAAAAAUUCCGAUAUCGACUCAUCGCUUGGGUUUAUAGUGCUUGAUAGAGCUGACAGAGAUUUGUUUUUUCA